AUGUUUAUUGCUUUAGAUGUCAGUAUAGUUGUGUCCAUGCGUUUUAUCAUACUAUUGAGGAAAUAUGUUGAAGAAUGGAUUAAGCAGGCCCUCAUGGUGAACUAUGGAAGACAAGAUGGCGAACGCUGCAACAAAUUGUUUAGGAUAUACAAAAACAUUUUAAAAGCUUACGUUUUGUAUAAGAAAAUUUUCCAUGUUUUGGUGUUCUAUCACUCGUUUGGUGUAUUUUAUCGCAAUCUUGUCUACUUUCACAUAAUUUUGUCUGCGACUGUGUAUAAUAUACUAUCAGUAUGCUUAUGGCAAAUGAAGAAUAUGUGUUUAAUCAUUCUGCAGUGUAUAUUAUGUGAGAAGUUCUAUAUAAGCGUGGAGGAAGUGGAUUCAGCUUGUAUACAGCUUCUGAAAGAUAAAACCUGUUCAAAUUACCAAACGGGUUUCUACAAGAAAGUGCUACAGACCAACCGCACGUUCAGUAAGAUGACCGCGUGUGGCUUGUUCUACAUCGACGCCAUGUUGCCGAUACGCAUGUUGCUGCUCACCACUAAUUACGUUAUAGUACUCUUGCAGUUUGCUUUUACGUAG